UCUGUUAUAUUGUGGCAAUAUCACUGUUAUAUGACUGUGUUUGCUGGGAUAUAUACCUUAUGUACGUACGUUUUAUAUUAUUUACGAGAGCAAUAAAGGUGCAAUGCUUACGAUAUGUCACGAACGGUUAAUUUACAUAUUAAUGUGCACAAUGACGUAAGGUGCUUUAAAACUUUUUUCUUUUAUUUAAAAAAAGGAUAAAAAGUAUUCUGAAACAUCUAAAAUGUCAACUGGAUCGUCACCUUAGUAAAACAUAUUUAAAAAAAAUUAUUCCUCAUAAAUGUUUUAUCGAUCGAUCGUACUAGUAUGCAAGUAUGUACACUUGUGCAACUCCUAUUAUUCGAUUUAUCCAUUCGUUCGAGGAAACGAAUCUAAUUUGCAUUUACGUUGAACGAUGACCAGUCGCAAUACAAAGUCGCACAAGCACAAGUCACUGGACUCUCAUCUCAUAUCAGAUAACGCGGGAUGAUCACGUGAUCGAUCUGAUACUGCGUGUGGAUUCGCUGCUGGUCGGUCCGCCCGUACAGAAUGGCGUUCAAUUUAGCCGCUUUUUCCUACAUCGUCGCGUUAAUUGGCGACGCGUUCCUAAUAUUUUUCGCGAUAUUUCACGUGAUCACGUUUGAUGAGUUAAAGACUGGAUACAAAAAUCCGAUUGACCAGUGUAACAACUUGAAUCCGUUGGUCCUUCCGGAGUACAUACUACACAUCGCGAUCAAUUUUUUAUUUCUAAUCAGCGAGCAGUACUUCUCGCUGUUUAUCAACGUGCCGUUGAUAGCGUAUCACGUAUGGCGAUACAUGAACAGACCGCUAAUGACAGAGUCAGGGUUGUACGACCCGACAAGCAUAAUGAACGCGUACGACUUGUCCAUGUACCAAAGAGAGGGAUGGGUUAAAUUAGCUUUCUACCUUAUUUCGUUUUUCUACUACUUAUAUGGAAUGAUCAGCUCGCUGAUCAAUUAAGGAGGGCGUGACUGUUGAAAUCGACGAGGAUUUUCUAGUUUUCCGGUGACAUCAUUUACAAGUUUAGAGGGGAACGAGGUAUAAGCGGCAUUUUUCAA